AUGGAGCGUCGCAGGUGGUUCCUCACUCACAAUUACCAACACACUUUGGCUCUGGCAUUUGCUGUAAAAGAGAUCAAUGAACAUUCUGGGAUCUUACCCAACAUUACCCUUGGUUUCCAUAUCACCACUGACAAUUCUCUGGAAAGUACAACAUAUCUUUUAGCAAUGGAACUUCUCUCCACAAGAGACAGAUUUAUCCCAAACUACAAGUGUGAUAUCCAGAACAGUGCAGUAGCUGUGAUAGGAGGACCACAGAGAAAGACCUGCCUCAACAUGGCAAUUAUAUUGAACAACUAUAAGUUUCCACAGAUCACAUAUGGAUCAGCUCCCAUAAUGAAUAAUGAAGCAGAUGCGGGUUUUUUCAGUUGGAUGUUUCCAAAUGAGGUCCAUCAGUUUAAUGGAAUAUUACACUUACUAUUACAGUUUGGAUGGACCUGGGUUGGGAUAGUUUCAAUGGAUGAGGAGAGUAAACAGAGGUUCAUUCAAAAAUGGAUUCCCAAGUUUUCUGAGAAAGGAAUCUGCUUUGACUUUUUGGAAUGUAUCAACCAAAUGAAGUAUGGUAAUGAAGCUGCUGAAAUGAUUGAAGAGACAGAUAAAGUAUAUCAAGUCAUCAUGGGGAGUACUGUCAGUGCUGUAAUCUUGAAAGGUGAAAUUUGGACCAUCAUGACUUUGAGAAUAAUGAUCUAUUUAUUAGAUUCUGAGGAUAUUCCCAAGGAGAAAAAAUCCAAAAUUUGGAUCAUGACAGGCCAGAUGGAAUUCACUGCCAUCCAGAUGCAAAGACAAUUGCCCAUUGAUUUUCUCCAUGGUGCUCUUUCAUUUGCAAUUCACUCAAAAGAGUUGACUAGAUUCCAACAAUUUAUGCAGGAGAGAAACCCAAACAUUGACAAAGAAGAUGGCUUCAUUAGGGAUUUCUGGAAAGAUGUAUUUGAAUGCUCAUUCUCCAGUGAUGUUACAGAUGAGAAUGCUGAAAGCGUUUGCACUGGAGAAGAGAAGCUGGAGAUUCUUCCUAAUUCUGUCUUUGAUACCACCAUGAAUGGACAUAGUUACAGCGUCUACAAUGCAGUCUAUGCUGUGGCACAUGCUCUGAGGGCCAUGCACUCCUCCAAACUCAAAGAAAUUCAAAUAAUGGAUGAGAGGAGAUCAUCAUGGCAGCUUCACUAUUUUCUGCAACGAAUCUUCUUUAACAACAGUGUUGGAGAAGAAGUUUCUUUUGGCCCCAAUGGGGAAUUAGUAACUGGAUUUGAUAUUCUAAAUUGGGUCACAUUCCCAAACAAGUCCUUUCAGAGAGUCCAAGUCGGAAAGAUAGACCCUAUGGCUUCCCCGGACAAACUUCUCACCAUUUCUGCCAAAGAUGCUGUUUGGCCACUCAUAUUUAACCAGGAAAUCAAUGAAAAGACCCUCAUGUUAGCUAACAUAACUCUGGGGAUUCUUAUUUCUGAUAGUUAUUUCACUGCAAGAGGGACCACUUUUGCUUCAAUUGAGCUUCUCUCCACACAGGACAGAUUGAUUCCUAACUAUAAGUGUGAUGUAAAGGAUAUGGCAACAUCUGUUAUUGCAGGACCUAACUCUCACAUCUGUUCCUUUAUGUCAAACAUUCUGAAUAUUUACAAGAUGCCCCAGCUCCUCUAUGGACCUGCCCCCCAAAAAGAGGACAAUAUACAUGCUCUUUUCUUUCAUCAAGUUUUCCCAGAUCAGAGCAUUGAGAUUAAAGGGAUUCUCAGCCUGCUAUUGUAUUUAAAGUGGAAAUGGAUUGGGCUGGUUUUUCAACGUACCGAGAGUGGAGAGAGGUUUGUAAAGAAUGCUGUCACUACGUUUCCCCAGAAAGGGGUGUGCUUUGAGUUCAUGGAACAGUUGGCCAUGGAGACAUUUUCUGACGACAUUUUAGUUACAUUUCGUGAAUUGAUUAAAAUGUUCGUGGUUAUCAUGAACGGCACUUCCAACGUUGUGAUCUUACAUUGUGAAAACCAGGUCACGGUCAUUUUCAGAAUGUUCCCCUAUGCUUCAGAUUUUGAAGAGAUACCAAUCCAGAGGAAAGAUAAAGUUUGGAUAAUGACAGCCCAGAUGGAGUUCACCUCCCUUUCCUUUCAAAGAAUGCGAGGAAUGGAUUUCUUCCAUGGGGCCAUUUCUUUUGCAGUGUCCUCCAAGGAGAUUUCUGGGUUCAAACAUUUUGUACAAACGAGAAAGCCAACUGCAGAAAAGGAAGACCAUUUAACAAGAUUGUUCUGGGAACAGGCAUUUUUGUGUUCUUUCCCCAGUUUGGAUAAGGACAUUGAGAUAAUGUGCACUGGAGAAGAGAAUUUGGAGAGUCUUCCUAAUGCUAUCUUUGAUACCACCAUGACUGGGCAAAGUUACAGCAUCUAUAAUGCAGUCUAUGCUGUGGGAAAUGCAUUGCGAGCCGUUCUUUCGCCCAGAUUCAAAUAUAAAGUUAGGGCAGCCAAUGAGAGACUAGUGACUGUGAAUCAAGAGGCCUGGCAGUUUGUACACAAGGAAUCGGUACCUGGUGUAUAUCUUCUUUUAAAGAUGUUACUGUUCAUGACUGUGAUGACAGCACUACUGCCAGACAUUGUUUGCCAUAUUUCUCCUAGGAGCACAACAUGUUCUAUGGGCAAGCUUCAUCUUAUUAAGCAUAAAUACUAUCAUUCAGGAGAUCUCAUCAUUGCUGGCAUUAUGCCCCAGUCCUACAUGAUGUCUGAAUCAAUGAAGUUUAAAAAGCAUCCAUCUGAAGAACUGAUCAAUGACUUCAUGUAUAGAAAUAUUGGUCUUAAAUGUGAUGCAGGUGAUUGUUCCCAAUGUUCAGACAAUCAAUAUCCAAACAAAGCUCAAAACCGUUGCAUUUUGAAACGGAUCAUAUUUUUGUCUUACAAAGAACCCUUGGGAAUCACCUUGACAAGUGUUGCUUUCUUCUGUUCUGUCAUCUCAGCUAUGGUGCUGGGGAUCUUCAUUAAAUACCAGGACACACCCAUCGUCAAAGCCAACAACAGAAACCUCACCUACGUUCUUCUCAUUGCUCUCCUCCUCUCUUUCCUUUGCACUUUGCUUUUCAUUGGGCAACCUGACCAAGUGAAAUGUCUCAUGCGACAAACUGCCUUUAGCAUUUUCUUUUCUGUAGCCCUUUCUUGUAUGUUGGGGAAAACAACCAUUGUUGUUCUUGCUUUUAUGGCCACCAAGCCAGGAUCCCAAAUAAGGAAAUGGGUAGGAAAAAGACUAGCUAUCUCUAUUGUCCUUGCUUGCUCCCUGCUACAAAUUAUGAUUUGUGUUGGGUGGCUUACAAUUUCCCCCCCAUUUGCUGAUUCUGAUAUGCACUCAAUGCCUGAAGAAAUUGUCCUUGAAUGUAAUGAAGGUUCAACCACUAUGUUUUAUACUGUUCUUGGCUUCUUAGGGCUAUUGACUGCUAUCAGUUUUACUGUAGCUUUUUUUGCUAGGAAGCUACCUGAUAGCUUUAAUGAAGCCAAAUUCAUCACCUUCAGCAUGCUGGUCUUUUGUAGUGUCUGGAUAUCAUUUGUUCCAACCUAUCUGAGCACCAAAGGCAAAUAUACAGUAGCUGUGGAGAUCUUCUCCAUUUUGGCUUCUGCAGCUGGCUUGUUGUGUUGCAUCUUUUCCCCUAAAUGCUACAUUAUUUUCUUGAGACCUGAUUUAAACAAAAAGGAACAGCUGAUAAAAAGAUAA